AGGGAGGAGGGGCGCGUGCGCGCGCGGGGGAUGUCGGCCACGUGCGCCGUGUCCCGGAAAGCGCCGGCGCCGCUGUCCCGGGGCGAGGGGGAUCCGCCGACCAAAGUGAUGCGCAGGGGGCUGCGGAGAGGCCACGAGGAGGAGCGGGAGCAGCUGCCGUGGCCAGGAGAGAGCGCGUGCGGCCGGGGCACGGAGCCCGAGGGGGAGCAGGCGGCCCCGCUCAGGGACGAGCGGCGGAGGCGGCGGCCGCUGGAGCCGAGGGCGCUGGCGGCGGCGGCGGCCAGGGAGGAGGAGGAGGAACGUCUGGAGCGGGAGCAUUUCCGGAGGAUCAUCAACGCCUUCCGAUAUUACGGAACGAAUAUGCAUGAACGAGUGAACAGAACAGAGAGGCAGUUUAAGUCUCUCCCACCUAACCAACAGAGUCUUCUUCCUCAAUUUCUUCCACACCUUGACAAGAUUCGGAAGUGCAUUGAUCAUAAUCAAGAGAUACUACAGACCAUUGUGAAUGACUGCGUUCAUAUGUUUGAAAAUAAAGAAUAUGGAGAAGACGGAAGCGGGAAGAUUACACCAGCUUCAACAUUUGACAUGGAUAAAUUAAAGUCCACAUUGAAACAAUUUGUGAGAGACUGGAGUGAAGAGGGAAAGUCUGAGAGAGAUUCCUGCUACCAGCCAAUCAUUAGUGAAAUUGUAAAGAACUUUCCAAAAGAAAGAUGGGAUUUCUCCAAAGUUAAUAUCCUGGUACCUGGUGCUGGGCUAGGUAGAUUGGCGUGGGAAAUAGCUAUGCUCGGUUAUGCUUGCCAAGGAAAUGAAUGGAGCCUCUUUAUGCUCUUUUCUUCUAACUUUGUACUCAACAGAUGCUCUGAAAUUAACUCAUGUAAGCUUUAUCCCUGGAUUCAUCAAUUUAGCAAUAACAGAAGAUCUGCUGAUCAGAUACGACCAAUUUAUUUCCCAGAUGUUGAUCCUCACAGUCUUCCUUCUGGUUCAAACUUCUCUAUGACCGCAGGGGAUUUUCAAGAAAUUUAUUCUGAGUGCAAUACGUGGGACUGUGUAGCAACUUGCUUUUUCAUAGAUACAGCACAUAAUGUUAUUGAUUACAUUGAUACUAUAUGGAAAAUACUAAAGCCUGGAGGAAUAUGGAUAAAUGUAGGUCCUCUCCUUUACCAUUUUGAAAACUUGGGAAAUGAACUUUCUAUAGAAUUAAGCUAUGAGGAUAUAAAAAAUGUUAUCCUACAAUAUGGAUUCCAUAUAGAGGUGGAGAAAGAAUCUGUACUGUCAACUUACACUGUGAAUGAACUCUCCAUGAUGAAAUACUACUAUGAAUGCGUGUUGUUUGUGGUGAGAAAACCAGAAUAGUAGUGGUCUGAAUAGGUUAAUGAGAAAAAAACUGUUGGCUUGAAAGCUAGAAAUGAGGGUAAAAUGGUCUGGGUGAUGUAUGAACACAAUCUCACAUAGUGGUGCCUUCUUAUUCCUAAGAGGAUAUAGAUAGUGUCUAUUUUCUUAAUAUCUCUAUUGCUGUUCGGACAUACACUAUGCCAUGCAUAUUUGUAAUAUACUUGUGAAGGUGGAGGAUGUAAUGUUCACAUACACUGUCAUUGUGCUUUGGAGUGCAUUAGAAAUAAAAGCAAAAAUGUUUCUUGAGAACAAAAUUAAAUGUUUGCCAUAAGUAGGCUAAUUCUCUGCAUAUGCUGCCUAAUAUUUCAUAGAUUUAUAGUGAUUUUUUUCUAUUAUCUGAUAUUAGGAGUGCAUGUAGGUGCUUACUGUAUUAUCUGUGUCAUGUUUAGAGAAGUAUUUUUAAAUGUAUACUUAAAUUAUGAAGUCUGAAAUGGUUGGAAAGUGGUAAAAUUAUUCUUGACCGAUAAAAUAGCCAUCAAAACUGGUAGAGCAUUUUCUGUGGAACUGAAAUGAAGUCGAUUAUUGUAUAAAUGCUAAUCUUUGACUGUACCACUGUUAACAGUUUAAUUAAAAUACAGAGCCUGUGGGCAAUUUGAAAUACUAUGUGAAAGCAGAAUACUGAGUGAAGAAAAAGCAGUGUGUCACAGAGAAGCAGUAUGAUAACCUCAGUUGAGGAAUACUACCAAUUUUGAUUGAGCUUUGUGUUGAAACUGAACUGUGUUAGAUGCUUUGCCAUCUUGUAAUACAUUGAUUUUGUCAUCUGUCGUCUUAAGCUAAAACUUCCAAAGUUGAUAAACAUAGCUGAGUUAUCCAUGCCAUGUGUAGGUAGUACAACAUAAAAACAUCUGUUGGCAGUGAAGCUAUGAGAAAUAAAAUGCAUUUUUUUUAUUACAAAACAAAAUUAUAGGCACAUCGUGAAGUUGUAAGGUAUGCAGUUCCAAACUGGACUGGGUACCAGGGUUCUUUUGCAGCCAGGAUAAGGGAAAUAUAAAGUUCCUAAAAAUUAAAAU